CCUUUCCAUUUAUCAAGGUGCGGCGCUUCUGGUCCACCUAGUCGUGGCGGAGGGGCGAGCGUAGAGCUGGCCUCAGUAAGCUCUCGCUCUCUCCGAUGGCUCUCCGUCCUUCUCACCAAGCUUCUCUCUCUCCUUCCUGCCCUCAAUUUGCUGCCACCACCGGCCUUGCCAUUUCCAUUGGCUCCCGUUUUUGUCUCGACUGCCAUGCGAACCCUACCCUCCCUCUCUCCAUCCUCCGAGCCUCCUCGCCGCCGAUUUAUCGGCUACUCUCCAUUUCUCGCUCUCAUGGACGUUUCCGAGGAAGAUCCUCGCGUUUGUUCAUCUCGGCAUGUUCUAAGUCUGAUGCUGUUGGUCCCAGUCCAUUAACCUCAAAAUUAUCAGAGUUCAGAGAUUCAUGCUGGAGAUUCCUAAGACCACACACAAUCCGAGGAACUACAUUGGGUUCCCUAGCUUUAGUUUCAAAAGCUUUGAUAGAGAAUCCAAAUCUUAUAAAUUGGUGGUUGACAUUCAAGGCAUUAUAUGGGCUUGUAGCUCUUAUCUGUGGCAAUGGUUACAUAGUUGGAAUCAAUCAGAUUUAUGACAUCGGUAUUGACAAAGUGAACAAGCCAUAUUUGCCUAUAGCUGCUGGAGAUCUAUCUGUUCAGUCAGCAUGGAUUUUAGUGAUAUCUUUUGCAGCAGCUGGCCUCAUGAUUGUUGCAUGGAACUUUGGUCCAUUCAUUACUUGUCUUUAUUGUUUGGGACUGUUUUUAGGCACUAUAUAUUCUGUUCCUCCAUUUAGAUUGAAGAGAUAUCCUGUUCCAGCAUUUCUUAUAAUUGCAAUGGUACGUGGGUUUCUUCUCAAUUUUGGUGUAUAUUAUGCUACUCGAGCUGCAUUGGGCCUAACUUUCAAGUGGAGUUCACCUGUAACUUUCAUCACAAUAUUCGUGACAGUAUUUGCUUUGGUCAUUGCUAUAACUAAAGAUCUUCCAGAUGUUGAGGGAGACCGCAAGUUUCAGAUUUCAACCUUGGCAACAAAGCUUGGUGUUAGGAACAUCACAUUCCUUGGUUCAGGACUUCUAUUGGUGAAUUACCUUGGCGCUAUUGCUGCAGCAAUUUAUAUGCCACAGGUCUUUAGAAGGAACGUAAUGGUGCCAACACAUGCUCUGCUUGCAUUGGGAUUGAUUUUCCAGACAUGGAUUUUGGAAAAAGCAAAAUACACAAAGGAGGCAAUAUCGCAGUUCUAUCGGUUUAUUUGGAAUCUGUUCUAUGCCGAAUACAUUAUUUUUCCUUUCAUAUAGAAGAGUGCAAGAAUUGUAAUAACUUCUGUCUGUUCUUCUUAUCCUUGUUAACUCUUGUGCUUUGCAUUUCCUAUUUCAUGUAACUGGGAACGCUAUUGAUCAUGUAAAAGAACAAAAUUUGAUAAACCAGUUUUAAACAAAAUUACAACUAUUAAAAUUA